UCGAUAUGGGAAUAUCUUUUCACAAUCAAAACAUCGCUGACCGUGAAUAUGGAUAUCAUGCAAGUGUUUCCUGAAAACUUUGAAAGAAUGUAUUAAUUACGAGCAAGAGCAGCCAUGAAUAACACGAGCUUUUCUGCCGAGAUCGAGUGGGGUUGGGCCCCCUUCACUUGGGGAUGGUGGGUCGUCACACAACUUGCGUUUUCCGUCAUGGGCAUUGUCGGCAACAUUCUCGUCAUCAUCGUCGUAAUCCACCGAAGAAAAACUAGAUUCGCAACCGAUGUUCUCAUCGGAAACCUGGCAUUUGCCGACUUCUUCACUUCUUUGUGGAUGAUACCCCGACCCCGGAGCGAUUUGAUACCGGAUAACUGGAAAGGAAUGCUAUACUGCCGGAUCGAGUAUUCGAAUGUCUUCAUGUGGAUAUCCACAGUUGCAUCGGUGUUUAUACUCACGGUUAUAUCCGUGGAACGGUUAGUUGCUGUCAAGUAUCCGCUGAAAUUCAAGUUGAUUUUCUCAGUGCAGCGAUCACUUUGGCUCGUUGUUUUUUCAUGGAUUGGAGCCGCCGUAUUGAAUACGUAUACCCUGGCAAUAUCUAAAUAUGAUAAUGAAAACCACAUGUGCAAGACUGAGUUGAUUGGAAAUGGAGGACAUUUGGCGACCGGAACCCUGCUGUUUCUGUUCAAAUACGUGAUUCCGAUUGCUGUCAUGAUCGGCAGCCAUCUUGCCAUCAUCCGGGAACUUCGAGCAGACGCGCGCAGUUUUGAAGCGGACGGGCCCACUGCGUUUGAAAAACCCACACAGCAUAUUUCGCAGACAAUACGCAAGAUGACGCGCACUGUACUAAUCGUCGUCAUGGUAUUUAUCGUCUGUUGGUCUCCGGAUCAAAUAUGUUUCUUUCUCUUCAAUCUAAAUGUGUACCCGACGUACAUGUACUCGGAUAUUUACCGGGUAUUUGUCUGCCUCGGUUUUCUUAAUUCUUGUUCGAAUCCGUUAAUAUAUUCUGUCAGGAACGAGAAAUUUCGCAAAGACCUUUUUAUCGUUCUGUGUAUUUCAAAGCACAGAGAAAAGGAGUCUAACUUGUAUUUCAAAACAAUAUCUGGCCAAAUUAAUGAGUGACAUAAUCAUUUGGGUUUAUAGUAGCAACAAGGUCGGAAAGAAAAUUGUCAGUUACCAUUGGAAGAAAGCUCAUGGGUUCGAUUGCGCAUCUGAAUCCUGUCCUUUAGAGAACCUCUUAUGGACGAACAAAAAAGUUUAUUAAAUACACAUUUUCAAACUUAUUUGGGAAUACAUUACAUAUUCGAUACUAAUGAGUAACAAAUGUUGCUGAAUCUUGAUAUCCAGGGUUCGAUCGGAAUACUUGCAACCUGAAUGUUGAAAGCAUUGUUCAAUCCUCUACAAGAUCGUACUAUGCAUAUUUUAUCCAUCCAGUGACGACACCUGCAUUGUGACCAGGGUAGGGGACGGGAGAAAAAUGCCCCCCCCCUAAACAGAUUUAAAAUGAACUUUCUUCCUACUUGUCAGGCCGUACACUCUACAUUCCAUGGAUUUAGAAUAAAUCCAAAUCGGAUAGUGACCAGCCGAAUGUUGGAUUUAUUUUAAAUCUAUAGGAUUAAUUUUUAAAUCUCAAAAGAUUUAAAUUCAAAUCUUUUAGAUUUAUAUUUUAAUCUACAAGGUUUAAAACUAAAUCUAUUAUUCGGCUGGUCACUCUUCACAGCCGAUCUGGAUUUACUUUAUAUCCUUGGAAUUUAGCGUGUAACGGUUAAAAUAGAGAGGGGGUAACAAUAAGAUUAUGUAAUGAUGAAAUAACAACUCUAAAUAAUAAGAAUUAUCAUUAUUGUCAUUGUUGCUUUUGUUCUUUACUGAUCAAUAUUGAGGCCCUACUGUAGUUUCACGAGCACUGACAAAGUCCCAAAUAUGCACGACAUGAUUCACAUAACCCCUAUAGAGAUGUAAUUCCUUUGGCACUAUAAGAGUUAAAGCUCCUUUACCAACCGCAGAACCAAACCAACUUUUUUGCUGCUUUUUUGAAGGUCAAUUUGUUCUCUCGUCAUAUUUAUGGGAGCAUCUUGAAAUUCAUAAUUACAAGGGCAGGGGUGAAUUCGAGCGCUGUUUUUUCUUCUAUAUUAUUUAUUAUAACCUGCAGUAAUUUGGAAGUAGGUGAAUAUAAAUGAAUUAUUUUGAUUAAAGAAUCAUCAAUCAGUUUGAAGUCAAUUUCAGAGAUGUGACUGCGUGGCAAACUUGAAUCCAGCAAGUUGUAAUCUAAUUGAACCGGGUUGGUCACAUAAUUCUAAUCAAUGGGUGACUAGAAGUAGGUGCCGAGUGCGGGGCUUCCGGCGACGCAGGUGUAUGGCAAGCCUCUAACAUUUAUUUCAUUUCUAGAUAUUAAGAAAUUGAAUUCUUGAUAUUAUGAAGUGUACUUUUUUAAUAUUUCUUGAGAUUUGAAGAAAUUACUUCUUGAUAUAAAAAAAAUCAAUUCAGAGCCCCGUUGCAUAAAAGUUAUCAAUAUAGUAACUUUGCCACCCAAUGAUAACGUGCAUGGAAUCCUUGAUUCUGAUUGGCAGAUGGUCAUCGUUACCAUGAUAUUUACAAUUGGAUGGCAAAGUUACCAUAAUAGUAUCUUUUAUGCAACGGGACCUAGAUAUCAAGAAAUGGAAUUCCUGGUAUCAAGGAAUAGCAAUGAAUGUUAAAAAGGCUUGCCAUACGCCCUCGUCGCUAAAAGCCCUGAGCGAACACUCGCUAUUAAUUACCGGGAUUAAUUAUUGUUCAUUUCGGCAACGUGAAUCAGGCUGUCUAUACACCAGGGAUGGAUUUAGGAUUAAACCUGGGACGGGAGAGCCGUGGUGUACAAGACGGAUUUCACAAAAAAAAAUUGUCUGGAGGCAUGGCCCUUUCAGCCAACAUCAACUUCAGCACCAAACUUAGAACACUCAAUGGCGCAUCAGGUCGAGGUAUGAAAAUAGCGCCAUCGUACGAUAAUACUAGUAAUGCCAUACCACAGGAGGGAGAGGGGGGGGGGGGGGGGAUGGCCCUGGGAAACGGGGGUGCUAGCCUGCUAGGGAUGCUGCAUGUGUUAUUCAGCAACCCUGAAAUUCUGGUAGGUGUGGCAAAAUGGAGAAAUGUAAAUAAAAUGGCCUUCCUGUGGUAGGGAAACGCUUCUUUUUUUUUUCCUUAUCAAAUUCAUCGGGGCCAAAAUGAGACCUUCGUUUUUUUGUGUUUUUUUUCCUUGUCAAAUUUACACCAGCACCCCCAGUAACAAAAAUCGUUCCCAGGGCCCAGUAAUGGCUCGACAUCCAUAACCCUUUGAUUCUUGAAUUAAUACCCCCGCCAAAAUAAGAUAGAAAAUUAAUUAGAAAAGGCCCCCAAAAAUGGAAGAACAAAGAAGAGUGCAUUAGCGGAUCCAGGGGGGACCCGAGGGCCCCCCCCCCCAUUGGCGGAGCAAAACAAAAGGGGGAAAGAAAGAA